GGGUAACGCGGGCGGUCGGGAAAAAUCGAUGUGGCAAUGAAUGGAUUCUCACUUCGGAUGACGAUCAGUAAGGAUUAUACUUACAUUUCAGUUCCGUGUUACUUGAUUAUCGCUAUAAAAUGCAUCUAUUGACCGCACGAAAUUUACUUCCUAACCUUCAUUGGCGGAGUCUACUUUCGAAUCGCACUUAUGGGCGAUUUUUUACUUCGCUAGAGAAAGGGAAAAGCCCAGUUUGUUUUUACUCGAAUACCAGGGGAAUUGCCUUUAGAUCUGAAUUGAAAAGAAAAGCCAAGAGAGUCGUUGUUAAACUCGGAUCAGCUGUCAUUACAAGAGAUGAUGAAUGUGGAGUUGCCCUAGGAAGGCUUGCUUCAAUUGUUGAACAAGUAAGUGUGAAUGACCACAAGUCACCCAAGGCUUUUGUAAUCUGUUGAAACUACUUGCAAUACUCGAUCGCCAAAUCAGUUUUGUGGAAACACAGAGUUUUUCGCAUCACACUUCAAUCGACUUAUCUAACUUUCAUCUGUGUGUACCUUACUAAUUCCCCAACGUUGACCCUCUCAAUUUUUCCAAAUGAGUUACCUAAUGAUAUACCUAAACGCAGGACAUGUAGCGUGGCACGUGUUUCAACAAAUAUGGGGUCUAUUUAGCAUUCGAGAAGAUACAACGGACAGAAGAGUUGUGGUGAGCUGCCACAUCUUUAAGAAGCAUUGAACAGCAUUUACAGCUGAUUCGGCAAGGAUAAUUACUAUAAAUAUGUUUAUCACAAAACCUUGAAAGCCGUGAAGGAAUAGUUACAAGGGUACCUAAAACAGUGACGGAUCCAUACCUUCAGAUAAGGGGGCGGGGGCGGUCAUCCAGACCCCGAGAUAAGGGGGGGGCCUUCGGGCCUCAGUUUGGUCCAAAAAUAAGGGGGGGGCGGACUCCCGGGCCGUUCUCCUGGAUCUGCCACUGUAAAAGAUACUGUAAAAUUAAAAAUAAGAAAAUAUUUAAGCCCUGGGGCUUAUAUUGUUCAAAGGCCCUUUUUGAGGGGCUUAUCUAUGGAGGGAAAUUUGCAUUUGAAAUUCGAUUGGGCUAGCAUUAUAGUUGGAGAGAAGUUUACCAUUUUUGCUUUGUUCUACUUUGUAUCUGAGGGCAAUUUCCAAGUACAAGCUCCCAAGGGGGCUUAUUUUUGGAGGGGCGAUUUAACAGAGGAUUUCUUACGUUACGAGUUUGGAGGGGGGGGGGCUUAUAUUUUGAGGGGGUUAUACAUGGAAGGGCUCAUUUUCGGAAUUUUACGGUAGUAAUGCUGUGACAUAUGCUGUUGAUACUGACAUAAGUUAGGCAGUGAUCCAUCUGCUUGCGUGAGACUUAAAAGAAUCGGAAAUGACAUUGAAUGUCCUAUUUUCAUGUUGGAAGGUAAUGAUUACUAUCAGUCUAUAGAAAGAACUUGUGGGAACGUUGUUUAGAAAAUGAUCCAGUGGUUAUCAACUUUGGUUUUCCCACAGUAAAUUGUAGGAAAUGAUAGAAAUUCAGAUUGUUUAUCCAUAUAUUUAAUACACAGUGUACUACCUUUUCUCUGGAAACCUGGUACUUUUCUUGCUGUUUAUUACACUUUAUUAAAUAGCAGUUAUUUAGGUUUAUACUUACAGAAAACAACAACAGAAAAAUGGAAAGAAAGAUAUGGUAUUGAGUAGGACUUGAACCCGGCAACUUCUGCUUGAAGUGACUAUACCUUACCACUACAACACAGAGGCUGACUAUGUAAUGUUUGGGGAAGAGUCUUUAAUAUAAUGCCUUUUCCAUGGAACUUCCUCUGGUAAAAAGCUGUUUAAAGAUGAUCAAGCUGCAUUCACUGAGCUAUUAACAGUAAGAAAACAAUGUAAACGCAUUCCAUGGCAAUGAAUGAAUGAAAGACCAUAAUUAUAUUAUAUAAAGAAACACUGAUAAAUGUCCUCGUCUGUAAAAAAGGACGCAAAACAUAUGUUUUGUUAGCUCAAUUUCCACUGUUAUUUUGAAGCUAAUGAUCAAAAUCACAUCCAUUUUUGGCACAUGCAGGUAAUAGAAUGGCAUGACAUUUUCUCACUUUGGCAUCACCUUCUAGCAAGCUAGAAUUUGUAUACGAUAUCCCCUGUGUUGCAGGGUCAAAGAGCAAAUGCUCAUCUUCUUGUCAAGUUUAAUGCUUCGACAAGUCAAAAGCUCUUGAUUUGAAAUCCAAUCCCCAAGUUAACCAUCGUACUCAUCUGAAAGACUCCUGCAUAUCUUAAAUGUGGUAAGAAAAUUUUUCACAAAGAAGACUCUUGAGUCUGAGCAGUGAACAAUGCAUGCUCUCACCCACCAAACCUCCUCGUGUUUUUAUGUGAGUUGUGGCACAAUGCAUUCUGGUAAAAAGUGGCGCAGUGCACUCUGGUUAAAUGCAAUGCAUUCUGGUAAAAAGUGAUAAAUUCAAGAAUUCAUCCCACCUUAUAUAUUUCUCUUAAAUCCCGAUUAUGUUGCUGCUCGCUCACUCUCCUCGCUUUGCAGCAAUAAAGAGAAAAAGAAGCUGAUAGCAAGGCCACAAGUAAUUUUUUUUUUACAAACAGGUCAUUAGUCAGAUCAGUGACCAGACCUUACCUGACAAGGAAACAGUCUGGUCCAACAAAACAAAAUAAAAAUAGAAAAACCGAGUAAAGAAGAAUUUACUGCUUAAUUCGCAAACUAUUUAGUAUCUCAUUUAGGAGCUAUGCCAGUUUUGUUACUGAUCACUCUUCACUGACUUCAUUUUUAAUUCUCCUGAGACUGUAGGGUAACCUACAUGUCAUUUAAUCUCUUAUUUUAAUUUGGUUUACAUGAUUGGUGGGGUGACCUGCCAAGGCAGGUUGCUAGGACUGACUGUACAUAUGUAUACAUGUUCAUUUAUAGUAUAUAUUUUGCCUCCCUUCGUCGAUUUAUAUAUUAUUCAUUACGCGUUUAUAGCCUAUUCUACUUUAAAUAUUGUCUCUUUUGUGUAUAUAUAUAUAAAUUUAUUUGCUUUUUGUCUUCUAAAUUUAUUUAUCUCUUUAUUUAUUUUUUGAGGGCCAUAGGUUAGAAAACUGUAAUAGGUUAUUGCGCUUCCCUCUUUAAAUAAAGUUAUUGUAUUGUAUUGUACUGCCAGACCGGGUAACCCUCUCAGCCUUGCCGUGUAAACAUUUCAAGUUGGGGUAAACCACAAGCAGGGGUCAGAUUUGUGUUACAUGUACAUCAAAUUAAACUGCCUUUGGCGGCCACUUUUCAUCAGUAAAAGUUACAAGAGAAAGUCACAGCAGUGAAAGAUUGCAGCAAGAGCAGCAUCAGAGAGUAGUCGAGCGUCAAAUGCCAAAACACAUUGUGGCCCCAGUAUUUUUCAUACAAUUAUUGUCUGUUAUUAUAGUUAGAAACAAUGUUAUUUCAAGGCCUGCUGAACUUACUGAACUGCUGAUUAAAUGAAAAUAUUAUUUAAAAACUUCUUGCCUAAAUGCACAAAUAAAAUGUUUCGUGGAAUGAAUAAAUUAUUCAUUAUUAUCAUUAUUAUUAUUAUUUUUAUUAUUAUUAUUAUUACUUUUCUUAGGUGUCUGAGUUACAGAAUGCUGGUCGGCAAAUGCUGUUGGUUACCAGUGGUGCAGUUGCAUUUGGAAAGCAGAAACUGCGGCAUGAGAUUCUUCUAUCUCAAAGUGUACGCCAAACGCUAAAACCACAAGAUGUCUUGAAGGUGUGGCUUUAUGAUAAGUUAUGAAGUAAUUAAGGAAUCUCAUCUGAUCAGAAAACACUAUUAGUACUCAUGUACAUAAGUUUUUCUUAAGUUAUCUGAUAGUAUUUCAUUGAUAUGAUAAUAUUAUCAUUUAUUGAUAUAUUGGAGUAAAGUUCCUUGUCUAAUGAAACAACAUGACAGGCAAGGCGUGAACCCCGGACCUCCAGAUCCAGAGUUCGAGGUAUUAACAGCCCAGCUACACAUGCCUCCAGAUUUUCCUAAGGCUCACAGAAAUUUUAUAGCUAACAAGGUUGAGAACCUCUUGUUUUUUUCUGUUAAACUCAGAGCCUACUGAUAAUGUUAAGGCAAAUUUACUGACGUGAGAUCCUCCUUGAGCUGUUUACAAGUUGGGUGUAUUUUUUUUUUCGUUUUGAGCUUCAGUUACCACUGUAAGGUUUGUAAUGAAUAUGACAUUGAAAACAAUAUUAAAGUAACAUGAUUAACUGACUGAAACUCCAAGACAUCAGGAACCAAACCAACCUGUCUUUCUUGUCUGAUCUCUGAUUAUUCUACCGAUUUACUGGUAUUCACAGUAAUUAGUCUUGAUCUGUCAUACUGAUACCUAAAUUCAUGAUCAUGGUAUUGCCACGUGAGUUACUUGCAAUAAGGAAGAUGUUUAAAUGUUUAUCUUCUACACGGAGGAAGUAUUGUUGAUAAUAUGUUAAAUGGUUAUUUUCCUUGUUUGUUAAGUCAAAGCCUUAUAUUGAACCUCGGGCCUGUGCAGCAGUUGGACAGGGAGGACUAUUGUCAUUAUAUGAAGCAAUGUUCCAGCAGUAUGGCUUGACAUGUGGACAGGUAAAUAUUGCAGUUGUAUACGUACACAGUCUUUAAUCAACCUUUUUAAUUGCCUUUUUAGUGUUGUAAUUUACUAAACUGUGCAUUAAUAUUAGCUUGUAAACAAAAAAAUAACGUUACAUGUAUAAUGAAAGUGCAUGUCUUAGAAAGAACGUCUGUAGGUUGAUUCCUUUUGGCCCUUUUGACCGCAGGUGACAUUCUAAGCAAAUUUGUCACUUAGACCUUUUUACUUCAGUUGACUAACACCAAAAUCUAAAAAAUGAUGCUUUUUCUUGAUGGAUGCCUUACCUGAAUUAACUGUUUUGAAAAUUAAUGUUUGCUUUGUGAGACUCCCUUGCAAUAUACAUGUACAGCGCUCCAAGCUCAUUUUUUCAAUAAGUCGCCUUUUGGCGACCUUCAUUUUUAAAAUGGUCGCCAAUGGAAAAUUUCGGUCGCCAAAAUUGUCGUUUCAUUAACGCAAGACACUUCAUGCUACUUACAUGAAGGAGCUACUGCUGAACGUUGUGUACGGAAAUAAAUCGUGUUUUUAACACUCCAUUGUUACUUGCCUGCGGGUUGUAAACGCAGUACAAGAUGGCAAAAACAGGCAAAGACAUUUAUGAGAGGUAACCAGAACAAUUUACUACAAAGGCGGAUGUUGAAACCCGGAACAUGUAUUUGCAGUGAUAUCAUUGAAACAAAUCUGAUCAGAUACGAUUACGUGAAUAUACAUUUGUUCGUACCGUCUACUUGCUAAGAAACAUCUUUCUUUAGCUAAAUCAUUGGCAUUGAAACCACUCACAUAUGUAAAUUAAAACUUGAAUCAACAAUAACAAUAACAAUAACAAUACUUCUGGCCUAAAUAAACUGCACGUCUGGUCGACUGCCACUCUUUCUCGCCUGCCGACGUCAGCAUUAAAAUAACGGUGUUUUCUCUGAGUAGGAACACUCCGCAUUUGCUUCAGAGAGCUUUUCGUGAUUAGCAUAGAAUUCAGCGUUUAAAAAUAGUUCACAAGCAGUCAGAAAUCGUAAAGUUCCAUUUAGCAACUCAUCUCCCUUCAUUAAAACUGACGCAGAAUUAUACAAACAAUUCCCGUCCCCGGAAACUUGAAGAGCCCGUAGACCACGUGGAAGAUUUUCAUCAUCCGGAAUCAAUGCUGUUCCAAGUGAAUCUUCUUCAUAGUUGUUGAAGGUUAGUUCCGAGAUGCUUUUCUUAUGGAGAAUUUCCUCGUGUUCUCCCUUUAACUUGAUGCCUUUUUCGGUUGCUGACAGAUCACCGCUUGCGAAUAGAUCGCGUACUUUUUCAAAUAUUCUCUCGAAGUCUGUCAUUCUUCAUUACUAUUUCCUCAGCAAGAGCAAUAGAAAUAAGCAAAUGACAGCCAGCUACGCGCGAAUGGGGAUUUCACAUCAGUUUAUUGACAGCAGCGCUGCGCAUAAAAGACCACACAGACAUUUGACCUCCAGCUGUGAUUCAGACAAAGAACUCCUCUUUGUCUUAUUUGCAUGAGAAUGUGGUAUGGGAAAGUCUCGGGGGAAAGUGGUGUUGCCGAAAACUUUGAUGCGGCUUUUAUUGAUAUUUUUGCAAGAAAAUCAUGUUUACCACUGAUUUCGUCGAUUUUUCUCUGAUUUUUUAUAUCCAAAACAAAUCCCGCUCAUACAAAGCGUUUGAGCUGACUGCAUGUAAACUUUGUCAUUCACCAAGGGGUCUAUCUAUUUUUAGUAAUUGUGCACAGCACCAUCAACUCCACGUGUUGCCUAACCUGCGAGAGCAUCCGGUUUUUUCGGCACUAGCUUCACAAAUCACAACGCUUGUGAAACUAGAGCCGAUAAAACUGAAUUCUCUCGCAGGCUACGUGUAGCCAGAUCAGCGUGAAAAGUGCCUGACUUAACUUUUCUCACGGGAAAUUUAAUAUUUCUUCAUGAAACACAUUUACUCCAACAAAAGUAUUUUUAUUGAUGAAUAUAAUAAAAACAGCUUUUAUUUAAAAAAAAAAAAAAAAUAAUAAACGCAACUUACAAGAGCAUACGACUUGCCAUCUUUUGUGUCAAAAAUUUAACUGUUUCUGUCGGGUGGCCUGGGUGUAAGUCAACCCCGCCGAAGUUUCGAAGUAGUUUGGGCUCUCCCCAGUUUCUCCCACCUGAGUUUUCAAAAUGGCCGCUCAAUGAAUUCGAAGCUGCGAUACGCAGAUCCUUAUGCCAGAACUGUACACAUGUCUUGCCAUGCAAGAGGAACAGAUUCAUCAUUGAAUUUACACAGAAGAAAAGCUUGGUAAUAUUUCUUUAAUUUAACGAUGAUUCCGUUAAAAAGCGAUAAAACGUGAAGUCAACUUUAUUCUUUUGAGCUUAUAUCCUUUGGUGGCCAAAUGGCGACUUUCGCCGAUAAUUCAGUCACCAAUUUUUUUUUUCACUCGCCAUGGCGACCAAAAUGGUCGCAGCUUGGAGCGCUGAUGUACCAUAUGUAAGCAGGGGAGUAUGGUUUGUUUUAUUUUAAUGGUGUAAGUGCUAUAUUUGCUAAUUAAAUAAUAAAAUAAUAGGCCAUUUGCAUGAUGACAUCACCUUCCUACUGCAACCAGAAUCCUUCAGGGUUUUGCUUUCUUGUGCAAAUUAGGUCUUUUGUAAUUUAAACCUCGCUGGGAUGACAAAAUUGGAAUAUGAAAGGAAAAAGGAAAAGGAUUGUGGUUGUAGUAGUAAAACAAUGCCAUCGUGCAAAUGGCCUAUUAGCAAGUAACCAUUUUUGGAAACCACAUUCUCAUGUCGGUGCUGCUUUUAUUUCAGGUUCUAAUAACAAAGCAGGAUGUGCGAGAUAAAUAUUCACUGGACAAUUUACGUUCCACUGUGGAGGAGUUAAUCUCUAUGAACUGUGUUCCCAUUAUCAAUGAGAACGAUGUUGUUGCAUCACCUGCAGAUUUGGAUUUGGAUUUAGCAGGGGUAAGUUUAUCACAGUUGACAGUUCUUUAAUUUGAAUAAACACAAUGUUUAGUUUUUAACUCAUGAAUCUACCGGUAGUUAUUGUGAGCAACCUUAGUUAGCUGGUCGGUUGGUUGAUUCUGUAAACUGUCACUGUAUCCGUUCUUUUAUUGUGGCUUAACUGCUAGCAUUAGAACUUAGGUAUUGUAUAAUCAAACAAAUAAGUUUUAGUUCUCUAUUCAGGCAGGAUUUUACCUUACCUAUAAAUGCCCAACAAAUGGACAGGGUUGAAAAAUAAAAUUUGGAGCACUCGCCAACUAGGCAAGUGUCAUUCAAAUCGCACUCACCCAGAUCAGUUUUCACUCUCUAUUGUUCCUGAAAAGCCCCUUUGGGGGGUAACAAUGAAAUUAGUAUGUAUGUAUUUAUGUAUGUACUCUCCCAGUCUCAUCCAUAAAAAAAUAAAAUAAAAUAAUAGCCCCAUUACUCACUGCAUAGAAGUUCACUCACUGCAGCCGUGCCGUGAAACAGACCUUAAUUCCAAAAAAAAGGAAACAGCAACAAACUUACCUCAAGCAAAAGUGUGAAAAUUAUACAAUAAAAGCAGCGGGAAAGCGCCAUUUUCCUUCAUUCUGCAGCUCUGUGGACGAUGUGGUGUAUUUAAUGACGAGAGGUAUUACUUUGCACAAGCUCAUUCUUCAUGUCAGUGCCGUAGCUAGUAUGAGGCCAACCGAGGCACUCGCCUCGGUAAAAUUGUGACGAAUUUCACCGAUCAUUUUUAUUUUACAUAAGCGAUCAUCGGAUAUUUUUAACGCAUCAUGAUAUUACAAAGAAUUCAGCAAUUCAGUCAAUAUACUAUGAAAAAAUUACCAUAUCAUCGAUCUCAAGGGGCUACGUACGUUAACUCAAAUUUUUUUGAACAAAUACUGAUCAAAACCAUUGGCGAGGUUAACGGUCACCCAGAUUAUGUAGCUUGCUUCUGAUUAUUGCUUUUUAAAUUCCACUUAAAUUAACUCGAAAAAAAGUUACCGAAAGGCGCAGAAAACGCUGCAAAUCGCAUUUCCGAGAGACUAAAGUUCAAAAUUUCUCGGGGGGGGGGUGGGGGGGCAUGCCCCUGAACCCCCCUAGCAACUCCCACCUGCCUCGGUUGGCCGUUUGGUCUGGCUACGGCACUGCAUGUAACAAUCAUCGAAGCAGAGGACAUUUUGUCUGUUUAGAAACCCAUUUUAAAAAUACAAACCAUAGAGAUUUCAGAUCGGUGAGCUGUUGACUUGAGGACAGUGUAGAUUAUUUUCAGAUCGAACGUGAAAAGUGAUGUUAAUUUUGUGUACAUGAAAACCAUACUCACAAAACCAGGCGAGUGAUCCUUGAUUUGUACUCACUCAACCAUUUUGUAACUUGCCUAGGGUGUCCAACCUUGAAUGCAUUAAGUAAGGAGAGAUUUGUUAGCCGUCUGAACAUGGUUUUGGUUCAUCUAAAAAGUAGUGAGCCUCCGUAUGGAUACCUGUGGACGUCAAUUUUGUUGACAUGUGUUUUCUUUCAAAUAGUGGAUUUUUUAAUGAAAUAGUCACUUGUAGAUCAAGAAUUGGUUUUAUGUGGUAUCGUUACUAUGGAGCCUAAGCAGCCACGACAGAGACGGAAACAAAAAAAUUAAUGUUAAAAAAGUGAUAGGUUGAAGGGGCUGCCCGGUCACAGCUGUCUAGAUUUUUUUUUUUAAUAAUGCCAAUAUUAUUGUAAUACAUCCUUAUUUGCUGUGGAACACGAGAAAUUACUUGUGAAUAACAAACUCAGAGCUCCAUAGCAAGCAAUUAAAUAUGUCUCCCAAGCAUUAUCAGUCAACCGUUACAAACAUCAGAAAUGAACUUUCCAAAACUGGUAUAAGACUAACAAGUUUUCAAAAACCACAAUUGCAAUCCAUUUCAAUCCUCUUCAAAUUCAUCCAUCCAUCCAUUUGGUUAUUUUGUGUUUCACUCAGUUUGGUGGCGGUUUCCAAUCAGCAAAGCAAUAUCUCCCCUGGCCCUGUGCAUGUGAAACUUGACUGGUUAUUAUAACUUGCAAUGAAAUAAUCUGACGUAACUUUUAAUAAUUAUUAUUAAAGAAAGUAACUUGGACUAAUUUUUUACCAUAAAACCCCGGAAAAAGCUGAACAAUUUGUUAAUACAGUCAUGUGGCAUAACAAAGCUCAAGAAAAAAGGGGAUUUAAAGUUUCCAGGGGUUCUUACUGAUUAUAUUAACUUGGAAACAUUGUUCAUCACUGCCCUUUUGCUUCAAUAGUUUAAUGAUGUAACUUAUACUAAAAUUAUUUUAUUAGUUUCAAGCAGAUUUUUUGUGACUGACCCUAGGCUAGUCUGGACCUUUAUUAGACCUAAACCUUUACGUUUCUUCAAGUUUCAGUUAAUGAAAUAACCCCUUGUAAUAAACACAUUAACAUGUUUAACUUAACAAUAAUAAAAACAACUGAGUAAUUACAAAAAAUAGCCUCCCAAGCAGAUGUUCUUAGGGGUUCAUCACACAUUCCUGCCCCACGAACGUCUGCUGAACUUGAAAGAUAACUUCCUUUUCCAUUGUUCACAAAAUUUAUUGUCAGCUGGAGAUCACAUGCAGAUCAUCGGAGAUCCAGUCAGCGCUGUUGAUGUCAAAGUGUUGACAAGCCAAACACUUACUUACAAGCUCUGUAGAGUGUGUUACGUGUCCAAAAGUUUUUGCUGCGGACGAGUCCAGGAGAUAAGCUUUAUUGGCUUUUUGUAUAUUUCUCUCUGUAAAGGCUGGAUUAGAUGCCGUUUGCUCAUAAAGUUGUUCUUUGGGUGAUGCAACGGCCGGGGUUACCUUGUGAGACUGAAUAAAAAGCAGAUUUUUUUUCAUGCAUAUUGUUUUGUAGUAAAACCGACUUCUGUUCAGCAAAUUUAACCUUCGAGGUUGUAUUUUUCAAUGAGAUUGUCAGGGUAGCCUCUGGUAUGAACACUUGUGAGUUAACUGAGUAGUUUGUUCUAAAACCGUAAGGUCCUCACCUUUCAUGAGACCUUCCUUACCUUUUCUGGAGCUAUAAAGUCAAGCACGAAAUUUCUCAAGGUCCAAAGUGCACUUCCCACAUCUGGAAGUCUGCUGUGAUUGGUCUACGUUUUUUUCCACUCAAGUCAGCAGACGUUCGUGGGGCAGGAACACGUGACGAACCCCUAAGAAUGUCUGCGUGGGAGGCAAGACAAAAAAGGGCUACUGAAGGCUGAAGUGUUGCCUUUGACAACUCUGGUUAACAUUUGUCAGCCCUUUGCAGCCCUUGUCAGUGACUGUCUCUGUCAGUUCUUGUAAAAUUUUACCAGCCAUUAGUCAUUCUUUUUAGUACUGGGGCAGACAAUCUGUGAGCCAGUAAUUCAUACAAGGUAUAGGAAAAAAUAAGGUUUUAUGAAAUUGUAAAUACAACAAAGAUGUUUCCUGCUUAGUUCCCUGUGGGUAUGUGAAGUUUUGCAGUAGCGUUAGCUGUUUAUGCCCCUAGCCCUCCCUCUCAGUGUGACGGUGCCUCGUGAGUGCUGCUCACAGGGUUGUCAUGGUUACCUUCUAGGCUCACCUGAGGCUCCCUUCAGUUUCACCAGGCGCCUUCCCCACACCCAUCUAUUUUUGAUGUGUUUAAUUACAGAAUUAAGCAGUCUUGAUUGACUUUCUUUGAUUAGAGUUAAGCAGUGAUCUGACAUUGCUAGGGUUGAGCACUUUUCCUAUUUUAAUGAUUAGCGUUAAGCUCUGUUUAGGGUUAAACCUUCAUUUUACGGAUUAAGCGUAGUGUAAGGUUAAACAAUUUAUUAUUCAAAAUGGUUAGCUUUCAGUUGUGUUGUUCUGUAUUACUGCCUUUUUGAUUUUUUGGUCAUUUUUUGCAUGGCUUUCUGGCUCGCUCUGUGUUGUAACUCUUUCAGUACAUGUACUUGUCUGUCCCUGUCAGCUUUUUUGAACAUCUAGCAGCCUGUAUUAGCUCUUGUUAGCCUCUGUCAGCCCUUUCCAGUCUCUGUCCCACACUUGUGACUCCUGUCAGCCCUAGUCAACCCAAAUCAGACCAUGUUUGCCCAUGAUAGGUCUUGCAUUGUCAGCUUCUGGUAGCCCCUGGGAACUUUGAUUCUUUCAACCCUACAGUGUAGGUAGAGCUUUUUUUAGCCUUUGCUAGUCCUUGUCAAGCCUUUUUUUCUUUACACAUCCUUUUUAGCCCUUGUACAUGUACAUUUUAAGCUCCUGCUUCCCCUUCAUCUUUUUGUACCAUUUUACUUUCUUAAACAAGCCUCAUGAUCUCUCUGACCAAGAAAGAGAAAGUCUUGUGUUUGACUGAAAUUAUAGACUAAAAGUCAGUAAGUGCAGACACAAGUUAUAAAGAGUGCAUAACUAAGUUGGAGGAUUUGCCACACACAAGUUUAUCAUUCACAAAUCUUUGAUUUGAAAAUUUAAAGAUUGGUCAGCAUUGGGGGAAGGGAACUCCACUAGCGAGCAAGUUUUCCUAAGCAAACAAGUGAAUCAAGCUAACCUAUCAGCAGAUCGAUGGACAAUUACUACCCCGCAGGCAGAGGCUACGUUUCUGCAGUGUGAACUGAAGUGCGUAUUUAUUAGUACCUUUUGCACACCAGCUCAUACAGCAAAAAUGUAGCCUCUACUUGCAGGAUAGUCAAUUAAAUUUUCAGGGUUCUCAUCAGGAUUUUGCCUUGGGGAGUCCCAGGGUCCCCUCUGUUGAGAAAUAGGGGCCCUGUAAGAACAGUGGGGGGACCAAGGUAUAAUCUGAGCCUGACUAACCCAAAUGAUCUGUUACGCUCCAAAUGAUCUGUUACGUGAAGUACCUACCUGAUCCAAUAAUAUGGUGAAUGAGGUGUUUACAAUAAUUAUUCGGUAACGAUGCAUGCAUCAAUCUUCACAAUGCACACAGGACCACUGAAAGUCAAGGAAAUAAAAUUUAAGACUUUGAAUCUUUUGAUAUCAUGUUUUUUAUUCAUUUGGCUAAGCGAAAUGUUGGGGUGUUAGGUUGAUCAUUGAAACUACUUAAAUGUAGACAAUCUAAAGUCCGUUUGACUUGUAGCAUGCCCUGCGCCCUAACAGAUGCACCUUCUUGGCUUUUUAUGAGCCAUCUCAGAUUUUCUUGCGGGAAUCCUGCAAGGCUGCGGCCUGGUGAGAACAGUGAAUUCUGUGCUGAUUUAUAGUUCCCUUUUCACAGAUUUCCCUCUAUAAAGCUUUUUUAAAUGCAAAGUGUUAUCUCUACUGUAGUUGUUGAAUAAAAAAUGACCAUGAAUAUUUUCAUGGAAUCUUGCAUUUCCUGUUUUUUUUUUCGACAGCUACGAAAUGCAGGUCACAGGUCACAAGUGCAGGUUAGAGUACAGGUCACCAUGCUACGGUAAAUGAACAAUACUAAACCUGUCUUCUACAAUGUAGCCCUAAUCACAAUCAGAAAUAAAAUUUUAGCUUUAGGGGUAAAUGAUGAGCAAUGAUCUGUACUUGUAACCUGUGAUCUGUGACCUGUGUUUUGUACCUGCGAGUUUUUAUCUCUUUUAUGAAAAACCACUGUUUCAACAAGUGUUUCAUUCUCAUAAUGCCUAUAUUUAUUAAGAAGCUUGGGGCAUAAAGAUCUUCAAAAGUCAAACUUUAUGCCUCUUUUCCCUCUUAAUGUUGUAUUAUUCGUCAUUUUCCAAAUUUUACCAAAGUCAGAGUAAAAGCCUUCUCAGGUAAAACUGUUGACCUGGAAGCAAAGAUAUAUCUACACAAUUAACUUGACUUCAUUUAAGUCCAAACAACUUUGAAUUUCAGAAGAUGUGUUUGCAUUUUUUAAUUCAACAAUUUUUUUUUAGCCCAUAUAGUAUCCCUCAAAGGUUCAAAAGCAAUCAUUUUCAAACUACAUGCUGUAGAGUGUUUAUGGUCCAUCUCCCCUCUCCUAUACUCAUUUUUGCAUUUCAUGUGGCUGAAGCUUGCUCAAAGCUUCCCGCUGUUGCUAAUGUUAGUAUUCUGCUUUCCUUCCCUUUCACGCACAUCUUCUUUCCCUACGUGUCUUCCACCUUGUUAAGAUGAGGAGAGGUCCGGUAAGUGAUGUUUUACUCAAAAGUUAAUAAGAGUUUGGCUAAAAAGCGUAGUUCCUUUAAGAUCAUGAAGUAGUCUUCAAUGGACAUAGUUUAAACUGUGCUGUGGAGACUAAUGAAGAGAAAAUCUAUGUCUGCUUCAGUGAUUAAAAUAUAACAAAAAACAUGUUGUGCCACAUUUACUGCCUUUACAAGAAAUAAAGUAUGGUUUACCACUGUGCAGUGUUGUUUCUAAAUAAUCUGUCAUAAAUCUAUUAAAUGUUGCUGGCAGUUUCUGUCCCGAGUAGAAUACAUUAAAACUCUGCACAAAAGAAUUUUGUUUUACAGAUUGUAUCCAGAACUGCUGCUUUAUAGAAGUUUUGAUCUGUUAUUAAUGUUUCAUAAGGCCGGACUUGUUGAGUUGAUAUCAGUUAGUCUUUCCUCGGUAAAGUACAUGCACUCCUGAAAGUCAUCAAAUGUCUUAAAUAAUGGAACGUUUAAUUGCAUCUGAGAGGAUUAUUUAGGAGUUCCUACAUGCACUGUUUGGUAUUACUAUGGUGAAAUAAUUAUUGUGGGUUACAUUUCAAUUGAUAUCAAUUGCCACUGAAAAAUGUAUGUCUGAUAAAAGAAUGUACUAUGUAGCGCGAAAUAUCUUAGGACUCAAAACACUCUUAUAACUAAACAUGCGGUAUUUGACAAGAUGGUUAUAUAUUUCAAAGUGAAUAAAUAAAUGAAUUCUUUUAACCUUCAAUUAAGAAAUUAAACCUUUUUUGUGUUAAUUUCUUGAGACAUAAUUUAAAUGAGUACUAAAUCUUUAUUAACCCAUUCGCUCCCGGAGAUUUUGCCGAAAAACGCGUUUUGAAGCUAGUCGAGUGGUUUUCUGGUCACUGUCGUGCUAUAAAGAGCUAAAACUUACCACAAACCGGUUUACAGGUCGUACACUUGGCGGCCUUCUGAUCCAAAUGCAAAAUAUCAGCUUGCGAAGUUCGGGCAUGCGCAGAAAGCAAAAUUUCUCUCCUCCCUUCUUUUUUCGCUUUUCUUGCCUCAUUUUUUUUUCUCUUGCUGGGCAUUUAGUAGGCUUCAUUUUGGUGGGAAGAGUUUUUAGGAAAGCUUUAAGGAUCUUAGGAUUAGGUGAAAGGAAAGGUAGGUGGGUAAUGGAACAAGAUUUUCAUGGAGAUUUUCAGGUCCUUGUCACGUGGCUUUUUGCUUCUUUCUCCGGUGUCCUUGACUAAAUUUUGCUCAUUCUGGUAUGGUUUGAAAGAUCUCUUCACUCUGCACAAGUUAGAGAAGAAAGUUGUCCUUGACCGUUAAAACUGAUGACGUCACAAAGGGUAGAAAGGACCUGGAUCCGCACGGGCGGUUACGGGCGGUUCAGGGGCGAAUGGGUUAACAUGGUAAUGAUUUUCAGUAAAAUAAGAGAGUUAGAAGAUACAAUAAAUUGAACUUAAACUCAAUUGUUAUCAACUUAUUCUCAAUGUUAUUUUUUUGUCGUUCAAGAAUGCUUUGGGUCAGUCACAACGAUUAUUUUGCUUGAAUGUCAGUAGCUGCAAAUCGUAUUCAGUAACAUUGGUUGCUGGAAUUGCGAACUGUUAUUAUGACCACAUACUGUUGAGCCAUGAGGUUGUUAGAAUAGAACUGGCUACGCUAAAACAAUAAAUAUGGUUGUAAUAGCAAGGUCUUAAGGUCUGUAGUAAAACAAGAUGAUUGAUUAAAAAUUGAUGAUAGUUUGUUGAACGUAAACCUACAUAAACCUGCUUAUUCAUAGACUUAAUCCUUCUUUGUAUACCUAAAAAUUUUUACCUUAAAUUUUUUAGCCAGAUUUUUCAGCUGGUUAUUAGGUGCUCUCCAUCUCUUUAAACUGGCUUGAACAUUGAUGGUUUAUUAAAUUCAAUGAAAUCAUGAUCCUUUUUGGGCAGAUUUACUUUGCAACCCUUUGUUGGGAUCUUAUUAAGGGAUCAGUUCAAUGAUUUAGUGCUGCUUUGAAGAGUCCUUGCAUUUUCCCUCUUUGCAGAUGAGGAAAUUGCAUUGUGCUAAUAAGGGAUGUUGUCAAGGAAGAUACCUUAGCCCUGUGUUAUUUGCGUUUCUUUUGGACCAGCCAACUUGACAACUUUCUCUUAGACCAAUCACCAAAUAAACUGUAAACUUUUCUGGGAUAGUUUAAGAUGGAAUCCACCAGGAAAUUGAGUAAUAUUUUAAUUUUCAGUGGACAAAAACCUUGUACCAGAAUAAUUUAAAGAAUAUUACAUUCUUUUUUACAUUUUUCAAGGGCUAAAGAUGUAAUUAGUUAUCUAUAAUAACACCAAAGAAAAUUUCUCAUGUAAGUCUGAGAAAAUGAAUGUCAAAUUUCACAAGAAUUGUGAAAACACAGGUAAAAUUCUGAAAAUUUCAUGUAUAAGAUGUAAUUUUGUGAAAUUUGACAUGUAUUUUCUCGGGUUCCCCAUAAGAAAUUUUCUUUGGUGUUAUUACAGACGACUAAUUACUUCUUUAGCCCUUGAAAAAUGUAAAAAAGGAUGCAAUGUUCUGGUACAAGGUUUUUGUCCACUGAAAAUUAAAAUUACUCAAUUUCCUAGUGGAUUCCGCCUUAAAGUUUAAUCCCCUCGCAGUUUUUCAUUUCUCACAAAUAGGAUCAACACUUCGUAGUUAAAUAAAAAUAAUCUGCUGAACUCAGGUCCUAGCUUUCCCACUGUGCAUUACAGUCUAAAUGACCAAUCUGUAGGUCAAGAACUCAUUUUAAGUAAACUUCACUCAGUAGGGCUUGUUAUGGGUUUUGUCUCUGAAAUUUAAAUCUAAUAAUAUAUAAUAAGGAGUUUAAGUUCAAAUUGUAAUAAUUGUUGCUUCUUAUUUAGGUGAUCAGCUUAAAGGACAAUGACAGUUUAUCUGCUUUGUUGUCUGUGGAGCUAAAAGCUGAUUUACUUAUGAUGUUGUCAGAUGUGCAAGGCAUUUAUAGUGGCCCCCCUGAUCAACCUGAGUCACGUCUCCUGGAUACUUUCAGACCAAAUGACGUCACCAAUAUUGAAUUUGGGGAAAAGUCUCGGGUGGGUCGUGGUGGCAUGGAGUCUAAAGUCAAGGUAGUCUCUUGUUUGUUUGUUGUUAAUUGUUGUUGUUGUUGUUGUUUUUUUUACAAAUAAGUAGUAUUAAAUAGAGAGUGUCUGCUGUUAGUGUACAUGUAAUCCUUUUUAAGUAAAAAUAUAUAGAAACACAGUUAAUGUAAAGAAAAUACAGCUGUAAGCAUGUCUACCAUUAGCCAAAGGCUAAUGUGUCAUUUUUGAAUGCCUUUCAGUGACCAAAAUUUAAAAAAGCGGUUUGGGUUUAUUAAUGAGCAUUAUACAUGUAGCAUUUCAAGUUGGAGUACCAAUUAUUUCAACGUGCACUUGCAUUAUUUGUUUUCUAUUCCAACCAUUGUCUUGGCAAUGUUCUUACACUGCUGGGAAUUUCUAUUUCCUUCAAGUAACAUUUAAUGUUCUAUUUUGUGACUCAUAAAGCCUUCACCAUGACUGGUUCUUCUUUUGUCUUGGCUCACUAAAGCCCAGAGAAUUAUUUCCCUUGCAAGGUCUUAAUACCUCUCUCUCUUUGUUAUCGUACCUGUUUCUGUUUUAAUCAUAACUAUAACAAAAUUCUCACAUCUGAUUGGCUAUCAACUGUAUGAUUUCAGCACUAAUAAGACAGUGUAAUAGGACAGUACGUGUCAUGCCAAGUAAUUGGACCAUAAGCACCAUUGCAGCACUCUAUAUUGCACUUGUGAUGAAACAAAUCAGACUCCUGCUACGUGGUCAUUUGAAUUAGUUAAUCACUCAUAUGAUUACAGACUGAAUUGGACUCCACUCAGUCUUAUUGCCAUUAUUUCUCAUCAUGGACUGUCUGUCAUUAUUAUCGUUGUUAUGGCCAUUAUCAUUAUCAUUAUCAUGCCUGCCAAGUUUUCCACAAUGGUCUGCCUGAGUAUCUCUCUGAAGAGCUAGAGAAAAUUCAGCGCCGUGCACUUAGAAUUAUUUUAUCAGAUUUAGGCUAUCAAGAGGCUCUCAAAGAGUGCAAUAUUACCACCCUUCAUCAACGGCGCCAAUGGCUGACAGAGCGCCUAUUCAAUGAGAUUAAGGACAACAGCCUCCACAAAUUACAUGGCCUUUUGCCGCCACGUAAUCUUAGUACUGUAGCCUUAAGGAGAAAGCGCACUUUUAACGUGCCUCUUUGUAGAACAAAUAGACUAAUGAAUAGUUUUAUCAUGCAUAACGCGGCUAUUUUCUAAUGGUUUUAUUGUAAAUUCGCGGCUAUUUUCUUAAAUUUCAUGACGUAGUAUCUUUGUUCCUUUGUUUUAUAUAUUUUUAUAAUAGUUAGUCUUAGUAUUCAACGUAUUGCACAGUCCGUAAUCCAGCCCUUGGGCUGCAAUGGAUUUUUAAUAAAGCCAUCUAUCUAUCUAUCUAUCAUAGUCAUAAUUGUCUUUCUUAUUGUUUAACAUUUUUGUGAACUUUGACUUCUUUGCCUCGGUCCACACACAAACAUUAACACUUCAUUACAUCUAUCCUAACUUAAAAAUCACAUUGGUACAAAUCUGAUUUAAAAUAUUUAUAAAACAAAGUGCUGGAAAGAAUUCAGCCAAUGCUCCGCAGCCAUUGGUAAACUCAUGCUUGUUAUGUCAUAUGUUUUAGGCUGCUGCCUGGGCACUUGAGAGAGGGACUAGUGUGGUGAUAGCUAAUGGUACCUCCACUGAUUAUGUGAUUCGCCAAGUACUGGAUGGUCGUAAGGUUGGAACAUUUUUCACUAUGGUAGAAGAAACAGGGCCAUCUGUAGAGAAUCAGGCAGCAGGCGGUAGGUGUUUCUUUUAAGCUAUUUCUUGUUUCUGAUGUUGCUAAACAAGACUGCUGGUUUUAAAUUGUUAGUCGUGAUACUCAGUGUAGAUGUAGUGGUUCGACAAUUUUAUCCUUGGUUUAAAUUUUAUUCUCCUUUGUGCUAAACUCAUUAUCAUAUAUACAUGUAACCAACCAUACCCAAAAACAAAGGAAAAUAAAAUUUAGACCAGGGAUAAAAUUGAACCACAACAUAGAAUGAUAUUAUUAAGUUUUCUCUAAAUGUUUCUUACAUAUAAAAUUAAUGUUUACCCAAGUCUAUGAUGUAUUUCGUUUCUCAACGUUGAAUAAUUUUCUGUUUAUUUCAUUUCCUUGUUUUUAAAAGCUGAUAUUUGUUUGAUUUGUGGGGUGUGUUAAUUAGUUAUCUUCUGCUGUUGCCAUUGUUUUCUAGCUCGUCAAGGUGGUAGAGCCCUUCAAGCAUUAACUGCUGAACAGGUAUAUUUAACAAUUAUUCCACGAGGGCGCGUUGGAUAUGAGAUGAUAGAUAGCCAACGAGGCGCAUUGCGCCGAGUUGGCUAUAAUCAUUUCAUAUCCAACAAGCCCGAGUGGAAUAAUUGUUUUAUUAAAAACGCCCACAAAAUCUCGUUGAAUCGCCCCGACUAGAACAAACCGGAAAAGACAAGGGACUUCCGCUAUUCACAUGUCACACGUCUAUCAAACGGACUCGCCUAGACUGCAUGAAUGAAAAAUCAAAACAUUUUAGCGAUGAACAUUAGUUUUUUAAAAACUCAUCGGGAUUCUAGGAUUUUACACAGCAGAACAGCUAAAAAAACCUGGCAGAUAAUGUGAAGGAAAGGAAUUUUUAGGUGACAGCCGUCGAAAUUACUAUGAAUUUGGAUUUUCGGUGCUGUUAUAAAAGUAAGAACAACGGAGAAAAACUACCGGUAUUACCUCGGUCGCUUGUUAUGAAGUUGUUUGAAGCCACAAGCUGGUUUUGCUGAACGAGAAAAGAAGCUAUACUGCCGCCUCGAUUGCUCUAGUGAAUGGCUGCAUAGCCUGUAUUUGUAGCUGGUUAAUUGUGAUUUAUAUUCCUGAUGUCGGAUAAACAAGCUGCAGUUAUCUAUCGGCGAGUGACUCGAUCGGCGAAUGGCUUCGCGAUCAUGAAGAAACAACACUUGUCUUCUUUCGUAGCUGGUCAGGGUACUUUAGUUCCAUGUGUUUUCAUGUGUUUUUCGACAAACUUUCAAACAAGCUCUUGUGGCUUUUUUGUUUGUUUUUGUCUUUUUUCUUUCGUUGAAAUUGCAUUUCUAGUAUUCUAAGAAAUGAAUUAAAACGAUUUGCCUCGGGCGCCAUUCUAUCCUUCGCGAAAAAAAAUCUCAGCUCGCUUCCAAUUUUAAACUGACGCGUACACCGACCAUAUAUGGAGAACAUGGUAUAUUAGCUCAUAUACCAUAACGGCUAAGCCAAUCAAAAUGCUAGAAUUGCAUUAUCCAAUGAUUCAGUUUUUAAUAAAUUGUAAUAUUGCCCGUUAGUCGAGUGACGUAGCCAAAAUCUGUUAUAAUUGUAAAGAAAAGGUCACAUUGUAGUUUAUAAGAGGAGUGCAUUUCUAAUUUUUGCAGGCCGUCAGAAAAUCCACGAAAUUCAAGGAACUUAUAUGAAUAACGCAAAUAAUUCAUAAAAAAUGGAAGCAACUUUUUAAAUUGACGCUCAACGUAAAGUGCGUGUCACAUCAUCAUACGAUUCUUGUUUUUGUUUUUAGCGAGGAAAAAUCAUUUACAAACUUGCAGACCUGCUAAUUGAACGCAAAGAUGAAAUCCUGGAUGCCAAUUCCAAAGAUCUGGAGGAAGCUCGUUUUGAAGGUCGGCUGCCAGCUCCUAUGAUUGCCAGGCUUCUUUUAACUCCAGCUAAACUAGAAAACCUAGCAGAAGGACUGAGGCAAAUUGCCGAUUCAUCACAUGAUAUUCUGGGUCGUGUCAUCAAGCGGACUAGGAUAGCUGUUGAUCUAGAGCUCAAACAAGAGACUGUACCUAUCGGAGUUCUACUUGUCAUCUUUGAAUCUCGCCCAGAUGCCUUAGUUCAGGUAUUGUGUUAAAGUAAAAUAAAACAUGCGUGGAAAUAAUUGUUGAGUUAUUUAAAAGUAUGCCAUUGUGUAAGCCUAUAUUUAUCACUGAGAAUUUUUAAGAUUACUCAGGAAGUGGUAAGAGCAGCAUUAGCCUCAAGCAACGGAUUUUAUCAUUUCUUUACAAUGAGUCCCGUGAAUUAUACACACUUAAACUGAUGACGUAAGCCACCUACUUUCAUAUUACUCUCGAUGAAGUGUGGUUCAUAGCGAGACAAUGCCUUUGUUCAGACCAAUUGCGAUGCACACAUUUUUUAGGCACUUUAUAGAUAAAUAAGGUUGAUAAACUCAAGCUUUCAUGUUAAGAAAGUGAUGUGUCUUCAGUUUUUGUUCAGAAAUAAGGUCCCUCAUCCCCUUUCUUAUUUCAGUUUAUGCCCUGAGUUUUCAGUUUCAGGACGUGCCGCAUGUCUUGUACCCAAGUAAAGGUUAUUUCUCUUGUUUCAUAAGUUAGUCUGGCAUUUACAUCAAAACAUCUGUUUCACAGAGAUUAUGCUGGGCUUCACCUCUUGUUUUGGCGUAACGCGUGUUUCCCGCUUAUGAUGACCCACGUUCUUGUACUGAACUGUCAGUAAAAAAAAUCCAAUUGUUCGUAAAGCGCAUUUUCUAUAUAGGUAUUCAAAUGCGCUACAAAAUUGGUUUAAAAAGAACGGUUAAUAAAAUAGACAUGAAACGAGCGUUAUAAAAUAUGCAUAGCGACAAAUAGCUACAAUCUUAGACAAAAAAUUGACGUUGCCAUGUUAAGUUUCAAGAUGAAGCUUUUGAAAGCACUGGCAACUACUAAUGCUUCCCCCUCCCCCCCUCUCCCCCCCUCCCCGUAAUAAAAAAACAAUGUUGAAGUUCGGUUGGAUCAUUGCUGACUAGGACUGAACAACAUUGACCAGGGUGGGGUGAGGGGAGAAGCCUAACCGGGAUCAAAUCUGUGGCGCUCUGGGCUGAGUUGCUCAAAGCAUGGUUAGCUUUAACCAUUGGUUAAGCAGUAUUAAAACCAAUACGUUGUCAAGGUAUUAAACGCUGGUUAACGCUAACCAUGCUUCGAGCAACUGGGCCCUGUGGGUUAGAAAAUGCAAAAUUCUUAACAUCUUUUUUCUACGUUCGUAGGCUGGUCACUGAAUAAACUGCAACUUGACAGUUGUUUGUUUGUUUUUACAUAUAUACACUAUAGGUUGCUAGCCUUGCUAUAAGCACAGCCAAUGGUCUGCUAUUGAAGGGUGGCAAGGAGGCGUACCAUAGCAACAAAUGCCUUCACAGUCUGGUACAAGAGGCUUUGUCGCUGUAUGUUCAACCGGAAGCUGUCGGUUUGGUUAGUCUCUUUUCGUGACAUCAAAACUUUAACCUUUACCCUUUGGUGCUUAAUGGUUUUUGUGGACUGGCAGUUACUGGUCAUUUCAUCGAAAAAUUAGUUACUAAAGACGUGCUUUCUUCGUAAUAAUGAAAUAAAUUGUUUCGUUCCGUUAAAAGGUUAGUACCCGAGAAGAUGUUAACGACCUCCUUCAGUUGGAGAAGUAUAUUGACUUGAUUAUUCCUAGAGGCUCUAGUGAAAUGAUUGAGCGUAUCCAGGCUGAAAGUAAAGGAAUUCCUGUGCUCGGACAUGCAGAAGGAGUUUGUCACGUGUACGUGGAUAAAGAUGCUGACCUGGAAAUGGCCACAAACAUUGGUAAAGUUCAUAUUUUUGUUUACAUGUGUUGCUUUUGUUUUUUACUAUGAGAUGAUGGCGCUUUUCAGCGAGUCAAUGUUAGUUCAAUAUUAAAAUAAAAAGAGAAAAUCUGAAAAAGGUUCAUAGGUCAAUUAGUUAGUGUUGGUUAUUCCUACCAAGCUUAAGUUCGUCAAGUUGCAGUCGUGUGCGGCUUCAUAGAAAUUUUUCAACAGCCUGCUAACGCUGAAGGCUUUUCGUGAGCCAAACCUAAUUGGAAGGCCGACCCAAAUUAUUUUUCCGGCUGAAUUAAUUAUGACGCCGAUCUUAGUCAACGGCCUAUGACAACUUCGUGAUAAGUACGUCGAUAACAACCAAUGAAGUGAGUUGUUUUUUACUUUGUUUUUAGUGGUAGAUUCCAAGUGUGAUUACCCAGCUGCAUGCAAUGCUAUGGAAACGCUUUUAGUGCACAGGGACCUCAUCAAAUCUACUUUCCUUGAGCGACUUCUUAAAGCUCUUCGGGAAAAAGGAGUAAGUUGAAUCAUUUUCUCUCUACUUAGGGGUGGGAGGGGAGACUUGAAGAGAGGUUGUUGGUUUUUCACGUGUCUGUUGAAAGGUAAAUAUGUCAAAUAUAUUUACUUAAAACGAGCUGUGGAGAGCGACAGUUUUUUUAUGUGUAUUGCGUUCGUUUGUAGAGGAGACUGCUUAUGUAAGCCAGUAAACAUCAGUGCCGCAGUUAAUUUUGGAAGCUUACUUAUCGUGCAGAAGCCUCAAGGCUUUGUUUUUUGGUUGCAAAUUGUGACUGAAUAAAUUAACUGCGAUGUUUGUAUUAGUCAGUAAGUAUAAGAGAUAGGAAUGCCAGUUAAACGUUGUGUACGGUCAAGUCAAGAAAAGCUAGCAAAAACAUAUAAUAAAGACGUCCAGCUUCGUAACGAUCGCACUUAAUUAACUAUGGUCUGCAAAAAAGCGCUCGAGAGCACAAGGCAACUUAAGUCACACUAAACCAGUAAUGUGUAUGAACACAUUGUAUCUUUUCAUACAUACAAGUUUAUACUAGAAAACUAAUGUGAGUGUAAGUCUUUGUUUUGUUUAUUUAAGGUAAUUGUUCAUGCUGGACCCAACUUGGUGAAGACAUUGCCGCUAGCUCCAGCUCCAGCCCGCAGUAUGAAGAAAGAGUACAGCGGUCUUGAAUGCGCAAUGGAAGUUGUCAGGAAUGUAGAGGAAGCUAUCGAUCAUAUCCAUCAGUUUGGAAGUUCACACACUGAUGUUAUUGUCACUGAUAACCGUAAGUAAAUGGAGGCUUGCUCAUCGCUAACUUUGUGUUCUGCAGGCUACCAGUUUCUUUGCCUUUUACCCGUAUCUUUUAUGCAAAUAAUUAAAGCUGUAAUGCCACCGCGGUAUCGCCGCUGAAAUAUUUCAUAUUUCCCUGAUUGUAGUGAAAUUUGUCUUCACCUCAAUAAACCGGUUAUUGAACACACAAAGUGGCGGUUGCAUCGCCAAUUUUGGCUGUCGUAAAAGCUGACAAGUUCAAUUACUACUACAAAUUAACUGAAUUUGUCUUUCUCUCGAGAUUUUGCUUUCCUUUGUUUUACAGUCGAUAACCCAAAGACUUUCUGAGAAUGACGUUUCAAACAUUGUUUCUGACACUGGUUUAAUGUUUAUUUGUAGGUGACACCGCCAAUCACUUUUUAUCAUCCGUGGACAGCGCAUGUGUCUUUCAUAACACUAGCACCAGGUUUUCGGACGGCUAUCGAUUUGGACUUGGUAAGUACACUUUAUUACAGACUGAUUGUUGGUAAUCCUGGUCAAUUCUGCUACUUCUUGCUGUUGUUAAACAUUAUAUGCUGUAAUUUCUGUAGGCGCAGAAGUUGGUAUCAGCACAGGUCGCAUUCAUGCUCGUGGCCCUGUGGGAGUAGAAGGGCUCCUAACCACAAGAUGGGUACUAACUGGUCAAGGGCACACGGUAUCAGACUUUGCUGACGGGGGUCCACUCAGGUAUCUCCAUGAAGCUCUUCCUCUUGUAGAGGAUCCUGAGAGUUCGUCGGACGAGGAGCCCAUUGUGGAUACAGGAGAUGGUGAAGUAAUUCAAAAAUAAAACCUGUCGUACCUGAUCAAAGCCGGUCUUCACUGAACGAGCUGAUGUUUCGUGACUUGUAUUACCUAAUCGGCCUCUAGUAAAUGUAGGAUUUGUAUUAAUUCUUGUUCGGAUAAAGAAGCAAGUGACCAUCAUGAGCUAUCAUAGCAAUCUGGAAAACGAACGAAGAGAUUCAAGUCUAAUUGCGGAGUAUCGUUGAGGAAAUACUUAAUAUAACUGUCUCUAUGAUAAGAGAAAACAUUUCAACAAAGUGAAUAAUAUAAAAAGAUCUAUUUUUAUACAAAAACCUUCCCUCAACAUAACACAGAUUUAUUGAAUUUUGACAUUUUGCCCCUACCAUCUUACAGUACAACAGAAGAAAAUAAUCGAAAAUGUUUCUUAAAUUAUGUAAGUUAUAACUUCUACCAUCACUGCAGAUAAUUAUUGCUUGGAAAUAAUAUGUCCUUAGAAGCGGUCAUUAAUUCUAACAGGCCGGCGUCACUGAAGUUUAAAUUGUUAUUUAACUCUUAACGAAUUAACCCGCGGUUCCAGGCGUUCAGGUUGUUGGAAUUGCGUAAAGAGAUGUCAGCUGAAAAGAACUUUUCCUUUGAAAGGAAAAGGCUCGUCGCGAGUUCUUGUCCUCCACUAAACGCUGUAUCCGAGAGUUUCAUGUCGUUGUUGUGCAGAUAGCGGCAAAGAAAUAUUCAAAUAAACUAUGAAACUCUUGCAGAAUUGUCAUGUUGCUUAGUAAACUACGCAGUUCUCAUUGCCGCCGUCGUCGUAGCAUAAGUUCCUUAUCAGUAUUCGAGUGUGUUCAGUGGCCUAGUUUAAAAGGGACAGGUUCACGGUUCAGCGCAUGCUCGUUAAUUAAAAGGCUGUUUUUCUGCCGGGUCAUGCAGUAUCGUCUAUGCAAGCAAUAUGAUCAUGUCAUAAUGUUGCCAAAGAACCAAUCUGCACACUCCUCUUGCAGUCACUUUAUCAAGUCAGGUGCAAAUAGCUGUAAAUUAAUCAACUAUGGAAUAAAACCUUCGGGUCAACAAUAAAUUCAACGUUGGUAGUGUUGGCAUAAUCCACUAAUUUUUCUGCGAUUUUAGUACUCCUCCAUCCCACAUCAGGUUACUCUAAUAUACACUUCUACUUUGAAAUACACUCUGAGAUCGCUGAGAUACAUGUAAGUGGGAUUAUUCACCGAUAGAAUUAAUAAUAAAUUGGAAAAAAGUAUUUUAAUUAAUUAGCAUGCGCUGAACCGUAAACCUUUCCCUUUCACCUUUCACACUGUAAGUAGUUCUGCGCAAAGAGAGCUUUCUACUGAAACCGGCUUCUACUCAAAUCCGUUUAACUAAAACGGUUAGCGUUCUGCAGGUACAGUGUUGACUGAAGACUUAAAGCCACAGAGCGCACAGAGGUUAUUGUUGUAAUUUAAUAAUCUACAUAGCAUACGUGAAGUCAGUAACUAAUAAACGAAGAUAUCAGUUUUG